CAUGCCGCGCGACGAGUUCCACUCGUUACGCAGGCUCGCCCUUCUUUUUCUGCUGCCGCUGCGACUGCUACUCGGGAUGCUGCUCCUCUCCCGCGCCUGUCUUCCGACGCUCGCGCACCCAGCCGCCGCUCGGAACGAUCGGCACGCCGACCAACUUUUGGCUCCUCCGGCAGCGUGGCGUGGUCGCGGUGGAUGAGGACCGUCUCGUGAUAGAGUAUCUGAGCAGCCUGCGGGCGGGCGACGCCUCCGCCGCCGCUGGUCGAGUUUGAGGCGCCGGACACCGAGCGCACCCGUGUGCGGCCCGGCGGCGUGCGGGCGGCUGGGAGGCGGGACAAGGAGAUUUCUGCUCCCGAGUGCGAGAGGCCCCGGAGCGGGAAGCUGUGGAGCCGGCUUGAGGGUGAAGCGGGUGAAGGAAGCGGACGCCGCGUGCGGCGUCGGCGCACGGGUGUGGGACGCCGGCGUCGGCCUCAGCACAUCGCUGCAACGACACUCGGACAGCUGUGCUCGAGCUCGGUAGCGGCGUCGGGGUGGGAGGCAUCAGCGCCGCGCUUGCCGGCGCGGCGCACGUCACUCUCUCCGACCUCUGCGGCGAUGAGGAGCGCUCCUCAAGUCUGGGCCGUGCCUCGCCGCCAACGCGCGCCGGAACGGCCGCUGUCAGGCGUGCCCGCGAGGAUGGCGUCGCUAGACUGGGACGAAUGCCUGUCGGCAGACUUUGAGCCCGCGCGGAGACCUCGCCUAGCCGGGGAGCUGCUCUGGGGAGCUGCUUGCCGGCCCUCUGGGCAACUGUAACUGUCGCAAAGCACGUCGCGCCCGGCGGCGUCGCGCUCCUCAUGUGCGUGUGCGGCGGC